AUGCCGAUCGGUGGAAAUAAUACUGAACCACAUAAGAAACGUUCAAAAAAAAAACGAUCUAAUAAACAAACAUCAAAAUCAAAACGACGAAUAACAGAAAAAAAUGAAACAAAAGAUUCUAAGAAAAAUAUUUGUGAUACAAAUCAAUCUGAUUUAAAUAAAUUAACACCGGCUAAUUUAUCGUCUCUUCGUUGGGAUAAUAUAUUAACCGAUGCAACGCUUGAAAAUGAUCGUAUUGAACAAUAUAAAGAACUUCGACGACAACGAUAUUGUGAAGCUCGACAACAAGCAAUUGAAACUUUAAUUGAAAAACUGAUGAAAACAACUGUUAAUGUCUCAGAAAAAUAA